AUGAGUAACAGUGCUGAAGCACGCGACUUCACCCCGUCAGAUACCUCACAAAGUCAAUCCGUGGACACGCACGGCCCUCCCAUCGGUAUUGAAGACCCUGGCGACCCACCAUCACACGCAGUCGACAUCGCACCAAGAUGGAAUGAAUCCAAAACCAUGAUAUGGCGGGUAACCGCUACGUGCUACUGUGCGUUUGUCAUGGGUGCGAAUGACGCUGCAUAUGGUGCUAUAAUCCCCUAUCUUGAACUUUACUACCACCAAAGCUACACAAUCAUCUCUCUUGUAUUCCUCUCGCCAUUUAUCGGUUAUACCAUCUCGGCUAUUGUCAACCAUGCAAUUCAUCGCCGCUUCGGUAGGCGGGGUGUAGCAAUUAUCGGCCCUGCAUGUCAUCUACUAACGUUCGCCGUGAUAUCAACUCAUCCCCCGUUCCCGGUCCUUGUGCUUAUGUACGUCUUCGUGGGAUUCGGCAGCGGAAUCCAAAAUGCAGCCUGGAACGUUUGGAUAGGCAAUAUGGCGAAUUCGAACGAGGUGCUUGGCUUCUUUCACGGGUUCUUCGGUGUAGGCGCUACAGUAAGCCCUCUCAUCGCGACGAGUUUAAUCACAAAGGCCGAUUGGAUGUGGUCCUCUUUCUACUACCUGAUGACCGGGGCUGCAACCCUCGAGCUAGUCUACGCCACGACCGCAUUCUGGUCAGAAACAGGCUCAAAGUACCGACAAACACACCCCAGCUCUUCAACUCAAGCCCAAGGCAACGGAGCACUAACCUAUAAAGUAACAUGGAUCUGUGCUAUCUUCCUUUUUCUCUAUGGCGGAAUCGAAGUCGCAAUAGGAGGUUGGGUGGUUCUUUUCAUGACAAACGUCCGCCAUGGCAGCGCUUUCGCAUCUGGAAUGACGGAAACGGGCUUCUGGCUCGGAAUCACAAUGGGCCGAUUUAUCCUUGGCUUCGUUUCGCCGCGUGUCGGCGAGAGACUGUCUAUCGCUCUAUACAUCAUCAUCGCCUGUGCACUGGAGUUAGUCUUCUGGCUCGUUCCCCAGUUCUUUGUGUCAGCAGUUGCAGUCUCAUUAGUCGGGUUCUUUCUUGGGACUAUCUUCCCGGGCGUAGUAGUCGUUGCGACGAGGCUUUUGCCCAAGGAUUUGCAUGUUGCUGCUAUUGGAUUUGCGGCGGCGUUUUCAAUGGGUGGGGGUGCAGUUUUUCCUUUCUUUAUUGGGGCUGUUGCGCAGGCGAAGGGGGUGGGUAUCUUGCAGCCUGUUCUGCUGGGGAUGUUGGUUGUUGCCCUUGGGAUUUGGGGGGUUUUGCUUCGGGCCCCAAGAAUUGAGCAGGCGCACCAGGUAUGA